UUACAACUGUCACCCAUACAAAUGUUCAAAGAAUUGGUUUUUAUCGUUAUUUUUGCGCAUAAAAUACUUGGAGAUGAUGAAGUCGGAAAUUUUACCGACCUGUCUAUGUGUAAACUCAGCCAUUUAGGCCUCGAAUAUCUCGGUGAUAUAUCGAAGACGGAAUCGUGGGUUAGAUGUCAGUCUUGGUCUUCGGACCUCCCUCACCACAUCCCUGAAGGGAUAGUCGAUGCGCAAUUCCCGGAACAGUCCCGAAAAAGGGCCAAAAAUUAUUGCAGGAACCCCACAAAAGAGCCAGACGGGCCUUGGUGUUACACCAUGAAUUUAGACCUAAAAUAUGAAACUUGCGGGAUACCUUUAUGUUCGUUGAAAGAUUGUAGACUUACAGGGCCUGGGAUGGAAUAUUCCGGCAAUAUCAAAAGAGCCCUAUCAGACCGGAAAUGUCUAAAAUGGAAUAAAAAUCGUGGUAAAGUAAAGGAAGCUUCCGGAUAUAAAUCCUACGACAAAUUCCCGAAGAUACGGUUCCCGGAAGGAAAAGUUUCAAAAGCUAAGAAAUUUUGCCGAAACCCCAACGGCGACAUUGGGGGACCGUGGUGUUUCGUCGAGAAUGAUGACACCGAUGAAAUUGAGAGGGAAUAUUGUGAUAUUCCUUUUUGUGAAGUCCCAGAUUGUGAAGUUUUUACGCGAAAUACUCCGAAUUAUACGCACUGGACCGAUUUUAACGAUACUUUAACCGAAUUCAGCUUCGGGGUGAAAUUGUGGGACUCAGAUUCGUACUCAAAUGCCACUGCUAAGCUGGUGAUAUCGGCACUUGCCCUACCAGUGACCGACAAAGAAUUGAAAGAUUUGGAAAUUGGGCUUGAAAUUUUUCUCUCGAAUAAAGCCAGCGCUUUGACGAUGGGAAACAAAGACACGCCCGAAUACGAACCAACCCCUGAUAUCCUAAAAUCGACGAGUUACACAAUGUUUACAGUUUCGUGGACCGCGCCGUUUAUCACUCUAUCAUACGAGGGCCAAAUCAAACCGAUUUUCCUAGCCGAGUACAAAACUAAAAACAAUCUCUUAGGGUUCCGCAAAAAUCGGUUCAGUUUUUACUCCGCCCAAGGCACUAACGUGAUCUGGUCGUUCCCGUUCUGUCGCGACGACUUCGAAUGUGACGUCCAGACCACCACAGGGUCGCAAUUCCAGCAAUUUUGGCCCUUGAGAACCAGCGAAGUGGGACAAGAGUUGCAAUUUUUCCUCCGUGCGUUUCACUCGGUUUACAUUCUUUUUGUUCCAAGCCCGAGCGUUGAUUUCCCAAACGUUAAAUUUGUAAUACAACGUUCGAACGAAAUGUCGCGAAUUGUGGUGAAUGUUUCACCAGAAUCGAGCGUUAUAAUUAAGGAAUUGUCCUUGCCUGAAAUACUGGAUUACUGGGAAUGGCGCGAAUAUUCCGUUGCUUUUUUCGCCGAUACUAUGCAGUUUUAUUGGACGAAAAGUGUAGGCACGCAUAUGAUUUUUGAAUUAAAGCAUGAAAUGUUUCGGUCCUUGCGCUGGUUUUCCCCGAGUUCGGACACGAUCGCGCAUUGGACCUUCUUUUGCUUGCCUCCUGAAAUAUCAAAACCUCCACCAGCGCUCCUACCCGAGUGUGCCUUAAACAACGAUGAAGAAAAUUACAAGGGGACUCAAGACGUGACCAGGGAAGGCAUGCCGUGCCUGCCGUGGUCAAGCAAACUGCUUCCAAGUCACGAUUUUGAUCAAAACGAAUCGUUAGUUGAGUUUAAUUAUUGCCGGGACCCCACAAAAGAAAAGAAAGGAACUUAUUGUUACACUUUUAAUGUCGACAAAUCCAUUGAGAAACGUUACUGCCGUUUGAGAAAAUGCAAGUCGGAGGAGUGCAGAAUGGCAGGGACUGGAAACGACUACGUGGGGCACUUGUCAAAGACUAGGUCAAACCGUAACUGUGACUAUUGGUUUGAGAAUGACACAGUUCACAAAGUUGAAGAACGAUACGCGAAUGAGACGCUAUACGCUGAUUUGUCACUUGAUGAUGUGCAAAAUUUUUGCCGAAACCCGUCGAGAGAUGUGGGUGGGAGUUGGUGUUACACGAAUGAUACAGACGUUCAGAAAGACUUGUGUAACGUGCGAGAUUGUGACCGUCCGGAGGAAAACAUAAUGAUUGUUGGUGGCGCGUUGCGAGGGCGGAAAGUCUACGUUUUACCGCAGUGGAAAAUAAGGGGAUUAGAGUUUGGGUUAAAGCAGUGGAACCCCGACUUGCCAGACGCAGUCCAGUUCGAGUUUUACCCAAAAAAUUUGGGUGAUAAAAUCGAACUUAUUGUGGGAGCGAAGGGCAACGAAAAGGUCUUACUUUUUCACAAGGCAAAAUUAAUAAAGGAAAAAACGUUUCUUCACUUGAUUUCGUCAGGAAAAUGGACGGAUUUUUGGCUAGUGAUGCGGAAAGGUGAAAUUUCUCUGGGUUUCAAAGGCGUACCAAACAGUUUUUUCGAGUAUUUCACUGACGAGAUCUUUGAUCCUAUGUUCAUGUCUUUUGGGACUGUUCACGGCCACCCGAUUGGUUUUUUCCUCAAAAGUGAACAAUGCCAAACCGAAAAUGUAUCAAUAAAUAGUUUUACCAAAACCGUGCCUUUCGGCAUUUGGUCGAGCGAACAAACACUUCAUCAGAAUUUUAGUUUAAUAAUUCGGGGCGAAGGUAUAGUUUCGAUACCUCUGAUGUCCCUACCAAACACUCUCAGCUCACACUUGCUCCAAAUUGAUACCACAAGAAGCGAAAUAUAUCUCAGUUUUUUGGGCGAAAUUCUAAAAACACAAGCGUCGCAAUCGCAACUUAUAACAGCUAAGAACUGGACGACUCUUAAUUUCACAUUCAGCGAACAAUAUUUAAAUGUGACUAAGGACAACGAAACAGUUUUCACGUAUUACAGUUCCAAGCCUAUGCUUUUUUACUGGUUUUCUUUGGGUAUGGAGAAGGGUUGGGCGAUUUGGAGUGCAAACUGUGAGGCUUUGGACAUUGACGGCCCCCCCAGAGAUGGGGGCUGGUCGGCGUGGUCCCCCUGGCACUGCACUGUGAAAUGUGGGGGCGGCGAGGGCUACCGUACGCGUAAUUGCACGAACCCCAAACCCAACAUCUUGGGGAUGUUGUGUCCCGGUUCUUAUAAAUCUACGGGAAUCUGCAACGAUUUUGUGUGUGGGGACGUCAGUCCCACCACGCUUGAAAAAAUGAGGGAGAAUUUGCAGUCGCAUCAGUUCAGUUUUGAAGUAAAUGAGGGCAAAUCGGUGAUUUUGGAAAACGACAGUGAGAUGUUGAAAAUAAUCAAGCAAGAAUCGCCGGAUUCGUAUUUUGAGUGGACGCUGAAUGGGAUUUUUGUUGAGCCAGAUGCGAAUCGUGUGGUGUUUCAGGGGGAUAAUCUGGUUGUUAGAGAUGUGGGUAUUGAUGAUUCGGGGGUUUAUGUUUGUAUGUUGUACAGAAUCAACAAGAAGAAGGAGGUUCUGAGGGUUAUUUCUUUGGCGGUUGUUAGUGAUGAUUAUACGAUUAAAACUCGAGCCACCAGAUCGGUCAUUUUGGUGUGCAAAGCUGUUGUUUUGGGCUACAUUUAUUCAGAUUUGAGCUUGAAGUUGUACUUGAAUGGGGAGGUUUAUAAGGAUUUUGGCACAACAAUGUUGGCAGCAGUCAAUUCUGAGGAAUUUAACGGAUUAAAUAUGUCCCAUACGGGCGAUUGGAAAUGCGUGGUGGAACAAAAAGAUUUGAAACUUUCUUGGACCACUAACUACGUAAGAAUGGAAGUUAAGAAAGCUCCCAAUUUUUACACGAAUAUGAUGGAAGAUGAGUUCACUAAACCGUUUUUUGGGUGGUUAGGCACCGAAAAUAAUGUUUUCUACGCGUUGAUUUUCAUUGUUGUUUUUGUUAUUCUUAUGGUUUUGUUAUUCCUGUUUUUGUAUUUCAAAUAUUGUACAGUAAAGUCGCGCUGGAAUUAAAUAUAUUUCAAUAAAAAAAUUGUCUCUUA